UGAGUGCCCCUAGAGGGCUCACAAUAGGCCUUCCUAUCCUAUUCCUAUACACUGCACAAAAGUAAGUUCAUACUGAUUUAUUUUUGAAUUCCAGUUAGCACUGCCCUGCCCAUGGAGCUGGGGGAGAGUUCCGACCCGCUCAGGAUUGCCUACCAACUUCCAUCUCAGAGGCAACAUUCGGCCUGCAGUUCCAGCUUCAGCUCCAUUGAUGGCAGCACUGAGCUGUGGAUGUUUCCAUGCCUGAUUCACAGUGGACCCUGGAGAGGAAAUCAGUCCUACAUCUUCGAGAAGUCAGUCUUCCUGCCAAUUCCCAUCAGGCUGGAAAGCCUUCGUGUCCAUAUCGUCUCUGAGCCGCAUUGUGGAGUUAUCCAGAUUACAGGCAUUACAUUCCUUUGCUUCCAGACCUCCCUCCAAAGAGAAGUCUGCAUCUGUGUAACAGUGGCUGCAGCCUUCUCCAUCCAGCUGAGAGUGAAAUUGUGUGUGAAAGAGGAGUCAGGGUACCCUGUCUGGCACACAGCGCAGAUUACCAAGACUCCUGCACUGGCUGGCAGCUCAGCUGCGUGCUCAAGGAUGCUGCAUCUGAAAGUCCAGUUCUUGGAUGACUCCCAGAAGAUCUUUGUAGUAGAUCAAAAGUCGUCUGGCAAAGGGUUGUUCAGCCUGAGCUGCAGCCAUCUGCACCUCGCGGAGAAGGAAUACUUUGGACUGGAAUUCCAAAGCCAGGCUGGAAACAACGUUUGGCUGGAGCUUCUAAAACCCAUAACAAAGCAGAUGAAAAAUCCUAAGGAGGUUCUUUUCAAAUUUAUGGUGAAAUUUUUCCCAGUGGACCCUGGACAUCUGAGAGAAGAGUUGACAAGGUAUCUCUUUAGCCUUCAAAUCAAGAGGGACCUGGCAGGCGGGAGGCUCCCCUGCAGUGAGAACAGUGCCGCUUUGCUGGUGUCGCAUCUCUUGCAGUCUGAGCUGGGGGACUUUCAUGAAGAAACAGAUAAGAAGCACCUGGAGAGCCACCAGUAUUUACCCAACCAGGAAUAUUUAGAUGAUAAGAUCAUGCAUUAUCACCAGAAGCACGUUGGGAAGACACCAGCUGAGUCGGAUGUUCACCUGUUGGACAUAGCCAGGAAGUUAGACAUGUACGGGAUUAGACCCCACCCUGCAAGCGAUGGGGAAGGGACGCAGAUCAAUCUGGCUGUUACGCACAUGGGAGUGCUGGUUUUACGGGGGAACACAAAGAUCAACACAUUCAACUGGGCCAAAAUUCGGAAACUGAGUUUUAAGAGGAAACAUUUUCUAAUCAAACUACAUGCAAAUAUCUCUGCUUUGUGCAAGGACACCUUAGAGUUUACCAUGGCAAGCAGAGACGCGUGCAAAGCGUUUUGGAAGACGUGUGUGGAGUACCAUGCUUUUUUUAGACUCUCCGAAGAACCAAAAUCCAAGCCCAAAGCCCUCCUGUGCAGCAAAGGUUCAAGUUUCCGCUAUAGCGGCAGAACCCAGCGGCAGCUGCUGGAGCAUGGGCGCAAGGGGAAGGGGAAGAGCACGCCGUUUGAGAGGUAUCUGAGGGGGCGGAGGCGGCUUUGUGGCAUUUCACGGGUUAUUUGCGAGGGGAAACUGACGCGUGCGUCUUGGAUUUGCAGGAAACACUACCCGGCUCAGUACCACGAAAGGCAGUGCCGCUCGUCCCCAGACCUCCUCACAGACGUGUCCAAACAGGUUGAAGACCUGCGCCUGGCAUAUGGUGGCAGAGCCUGUUACUGGAACACAAAUGGGGUCCACGCGUCGGAUCCCAUGCUGGACAGCAGGAGGCGGAAUUCCUCCGUGGAGGUGACGUUCGCGGCGGAGCUGGAGCGCUCCAAGCCCGAGGCUGACCCCAGGCUCCUGCCCCAUUCCAAAAGCAGCUCGGCCUUCCCGUUGGCCUACGCCGAGCUGGAGCUGGAGUGGGAGCCGGCCGACGGCUUCGGGCAGCGCAGCCCGCUGACCUCCUUCCAGCCCAGCCACAAGCUUGCUGGAAACAGUAAAAGCACCUCGGUUGGCAACAUGAGGGAGGUCGCCUCCAGACAGCUGAGCUACACAGAUGUACCGUACGUCCCCUCCGCCAGCCAGCCGGUGGAGACGACGUCUCCGCAAGUGUUCUUUUACGUGGACAGGCCUCCCCCGGUACCACGCCACACGCCAGCUGCUGCUGAGGAAGCAGGGAGAGGGCUGAGUGGCCCUGGCCCCGUGUCAAUGAAACCUUCCAAGAGAUGUCCGGCCCCGGCCCAGAGGAAGGGGCUGCAGCCCGAGGCCCUGCCCAGGGCUUGCUGUGUUAGCAGGCACCUGGAAGAGGAGAGCAGAACCCUGGCUGGGGCUUUUGACUACAGCAUUCAAGAGCAACUGCCCAAAAGAUCUUGGAGCCAGUCCGAUAUGAAGACCAUCUAUUUCCCAUAUGGGUCAGAGUUCAGGCCACUGGGCCCUUGCCCUGCUCUGAGCAAUAGAAAAGCAAGUAUCUUGCGGUCCCUACUCGCCCAACAAGGGCUUUCCAACCCCGCCGCAGUGCCGCGCCAGGCCGAACGCGGUGUGGGCAGCGGGACCGAGUCCAGUGACUCCGACUCGGAUCUCCUGAACGCGGAUUACUACUCUCUGUAUGGCCAGGUAGGAAAGUCACCCCUGGCCCGGGUGCGUCUGUCCUCGGGCAGCCUCCAGCUGGAGGAGGAGGAUGAAGAGGUGUCCUUCGCGACAAGCAGUGGAGAAGUAAGGACUUCAGUGGGCAUGUCCAAUUAUUUCACGUAACCGUCUCCAAUCGGCUUGAGAGCGCAGAGAUUUCCAAAGCCAGCUGGAAGGAACAGAAAGGUCAUUUUUGUGUGAUGCUGCUCCCUCCUUGCUAAGCAUUGUGACGGGUUAGUGUUGUGUGAGUACAAUUAGCUGUAGAGACUGUGUUAAUGGGUGACAGGGGAGCUCUAGGACAUAAAGAUCUAGGCAACAGGCAAGAAAAAAGUAGCCAACAGUGGGCACCCCAGCAAAAUCUUCUACAUUGAGGUUCUCAACGAACGGGGGGUCAGCUAGUCACGUCCACUGGGCUCACCCCAAAUUGCUAAAUGGCAGGCAAGCACCAAUCAGCUCAUGGCCACUUGGAAACAAGGGUCCAGAUGCAUGAAAGGUGGAGACCCACUGUCCGACAGCAGGGCCACAGAAGUGUCACGUCAAUGCUCCUUUGCGAGGGGAAUAGAAACGCCAUUAAACGAAAGCUGCUAAAAUGUCUGUUUCUAAUGGAGAGCGCGCGAGACCCUCAGUUGGGCUGAUGGCCAUUGGGAGCCUGUUUGGGAAGAUGCAGUGUGUUAGCAGAAUGUUUGUUAUGGCAGCUCCAUAUGCCCCAGCUCCUGAUCACAAAGGCGCCCACUCUGUGACACCAACCGCUUGUAUUUUGAUGCUGCCACAUCACUAAUGAUGGCGAGGAGCACCUCUCUUCUAACCAAGGGCGAUGCAGCAGAGAGCCUCGCCCAAGCCACUAGACAGGUUGGCUUGAGUACGUCGGAGUUGCAUCCCAGUGUGUUGGCCACUGGCUUUCAGAUUUGUGUAGGGAGCGAACGCCACCUCUUCCCCAGCCACAGCAAAGAUGCUGCCGAGAAACAUAUUUUGCUGGUCAGUUUGUAAAUCGUUUUUAGCGGCUGUCUUGCAGGCUCCCCCCGCCUACAGUGAGGUGGGACGGUACCUCCCAUUACAACUGACAGUGAAAACAUGUCUUUGCCACUCACAUCCACCUCUCUCCUUCCUUCCGCUAAGAGACCGCACAUGGCCACACAAGCAGUACCUGGUGUGGGGGCCCAAACCUGAGCUCCCAGAGACGCAGGCUUCUCGACCCCUAAAUUCAAGUGAGCAGCCAAGAGACCUGGGUGGAAUCACUGGGGAAUGCGCGAAUACUUCAGCCUGGCUGAAUGGGCCCCUCCUUCCUUCAGUAGUGAACGGACCAGCCAAUGCACAAACAAGGCGCUCACUUGGAAUAAGCUGUAAGGGAGAGUGCUAUGCAGGUGGACAGGCUCCCAAAGGCACUCCCAAGUCAUCUGUCUCACUGCAAAGUAAGACACUGUGGUUAUUAGAGAUGGCCAAAAAAGAAAGGAACAUAUUUUUGCAAAAAAUGUUGCCCUUUUUUGGUGUUGAAAAAUUUCAAAUAUUGAUGUUUUCUGCCCAGCUCUUGUAUUUACCAACCACAGGGCCAGGAAAGUGGAAAUAUCUAUUUUUAACCUUGUAUUUUAGUUCUUAAAACAUCUAAUUUCCCCUCAAACGCUUUGUAAGGAAAAAAAGGUCCAAGCGACCCAACCCGAGCCCGACCUGGCUGCUGUGAGAUUCUGGCGUGGUCUCUGUCCAGUCCUGUAGGCCGCGGCUGUAAGGGAAGGCUGGAGCAUGCCUGUGGGGGUGCUCUGGGGUCACACACUUGCCUGGCAGGGAGCCAGCAAACCAGGCUGUCGGGCACCGUGCUAGAGUGGCUUUGUUGGCCACACUCCUGGUGGGGAAAGACGCAAACAUCAAGUGAACGGUCAAGACAACUGGGGUUAGCAGGAUGCUGCCCACCCUGUAUUUUUCAAGCUCUCGUCUUCGUUCUAUCGUUUUAGAAGCUGGACAAUAAAACAAACGAACCCCUCCCCCACUGCUUUA